CAGGUGUUGUGGUACCAGGUGCCUGAGUCUUGUCGAUUGCUCGGCCCAGCAAAACUUCAACAGAUACCAGCCGCCAAUGCCGCCUCUCUUCGUCCGCCCCCCCCCUACCUCUAUAUAUACUAUCCGCACCGGCAUCCUUUCCAUGCUCCUCCUUCUCCUUCCUGCAAACGCCUUCAUCCACACUUCCAUGCAUGUCAGCCCCCGGCGCUUGACCAGUGGAGGCAGCAAUGUGUGUGUGCCUGCCAGUGACCAUGCUAUGCUGUCUCCCUGGUCCCGCCCUCGCAGUCAGUACGGGGCUUCCGCCCUUGAUAACACGGAGAACAACGAAAGGCCAUCAACUAUGGAUUCUUCCUCCGAACCGUUGCCAGGCUCGACAAUUGUUCAAUAUAACUCUCCACUCUUUCCACCCCAAGUGCUCGACUCCCUGUGGAACCAACAACGCAAGCCCCUCCUUCGCCUGGGAGCCAAGGGGGUGUUGAAAAGCCAUUUAAAUUCCCUCCGGGAACUUCUCGACGCGCAUAACGUAGUCCGCGUCAAGGUGAAUGGUCUAUCCAAUACAGACAUCCAAGGACUGGCAGAAAACGCCCUGCGUAUGGCGGUCGAGCAUGAUUCCGAGCCAGCGCUCGGUGUUCUAUUGCGCGUGAAAGGGAAGGAAUUUCUUGUCGGCCGCCCAGAUAAAAUGGAGGCGUUGCGGAAAAAGCUAUUGUCGUCAGACGGUCCCCCGGGGGAAGCCAUAAAGUGAGACGUAUCUACGUAACUCAAGGGUUAGGGGGAAGGGAGUGAACGCCGCCAGGCUAUCAAUAAAUAGCAUGAAAAUCUUUAAUG